CGUGUCACGUCAGCCGGUUGGCUGUCAUUGCGCUUGUUUUAAUUUUUGUAGUUUUUCGUAUUAUUUCAGCGGUGUUUGAAUCAAAAUGUUAAAAAAAUUCGAGACGAAGUCUGCGCGGGUGAAAGGCAUAUCGUUUCAUGCUAAGCGACCAUGGGUGCUGGCUAGUUUGCACAAUGGUGUGAUUCAACUUUGGGAUUAUCGUAUGUGUACAUUACUUGAGAAAUUUGAUGAACAUGAUGGUCCAGUACGUGGAAUUUGCUUCCAUAUUCAACAGCCUCUUUUCGUGUCGGGCGGAGAUGACUACAAGAUUAAGGUCUGGAACUACAAACAAAGAAGAUGUCUAUUCACAUUGCUUGGUCACUUGGAUUAUAUACGUACAACAUUCUUCCAUCAUGAAUACCCAUGGAUUUUAAGUGCAUCUGAUGAUCAGACCAUAAGAAUUUGGAAUUGGCAGUCUCGACAAUGCAUAAGUGUUCUCACCGGCCACAACCAUUAUGUAAUGUGUGCUCAAUUCCAUCCCACUGAAGAUCUUCUUGUUUCUGCUUCAUUAGACCAGUCUGUAAGAGUCUGGGAUUUCUCUGGACUGAGAAAAAAGAGUGUUGCUCCAGGACCUGCUGGACUGACUGAACACUUAAGGAAUCCACAAGCAACAGAUCUUUUUGGACAGCAACUGUACAUGCAGGCUGAUGCUGUUGUGAAGCACGUCUUGGAGGGCCACGAUAGGGGUGUAAACUGGGCCUGUUUUCAUCCUACUUUACCACUGAUCGCAUCUGCUGCAGAUGACAGACAAGUGAAGCUUUGGAGAAUGAAUGAUUCUAAGGCCUGGGAAGUGGAUACAUGUCGCGGCCACUACAACAAUGUCUCCUGUGUUUUGUUCCACGCGAAACACGAACUCAUCAUAUCUAACAGCGAGGAUCUUUAUAUCAGAGUUUGGGACAUGUCUAAAAGGACUCUCCUGCAGUCCUUUAGAAGGGAACACGAGAGGUACUGGGUGUUGACGUCCCACCCCACGCUGAACUUGUUCGCGGCGGGACACGACGGUGGAAUGGUACUCUUCAAGCUGCAACGUGAACGACCAGCGUAUGCAGUUCACAACAAUAUGCUGUUCUACAUUAAAAACAGACACCUCCGCAAGUUAGACAUGCUGACCAACCGGGACGCCCCAGUAAUGCACUUGUCGAAGGGCGGUGGUCGCCAACAGCCUUACAGCAUGUCGUUGAACCACGCCGAGUGGUGCGUGCUGGUGACGUGGCGCAACGGUGAGAACUGCUCUUACGAGCUGUACGCCGCGCCCCGGGACCACAGCGGCGCCGUGCCCGAGGGUACGGAGCCGGCCAGGGGGCAGGCCACCACUGCCAUCUGGGUCGCCAGGAAUCGGUUCGCCGCACUAGAGAAGAACAACCAGCUCGUGAUCAGGAAUCUGAAGAACGAAGUGUCGAAGAAGAUCUCGACUCCGACUUGCGAGGAGAUCAUGUAUGCCGGCACGGGGAUGCUGCUGCUCCGCGAAGCCGACUCCGUGCAAUUGCUCGACGUACAACAGAAGAGGACCAUUGCUUCCGUGAAAGUAUCGAAAUGCCGUUACGCCAUUUGGAAUACCGAUAUGUCAAUAGUGGCUCUGUUGGGCAAGCACACGGUCACGCUAUGCACCAAGAAGCUGGAGCAGCUGUGCUGCAUCACCGAAGGGGCCAGAGUCAAGUCCGGGGCCUUCGAUGAUUCCACACCGCAGCCCGUGUUCAUAUACACCACGGCCAAUCACAUCAAGUAUUGCUGUAAGGAUGGCGAUUACGGCAUCAUCCGAACUCUGGACGUGCCCGUGUACGCGGUGCGCGUGCUGUCGACGGAGACGGGCGCGCGCGUGGUGUGCUUGGACCGAGAAUGCAGGCCCAAAGUACUCAACAUCGACCCCACGGAAUACAGAUUCAAAUUAGCUCUAGUGACGCGCCAAUACGAUCAGGUGUUGCACAUGGUGCGGACGGCCAAACUUGUCGGGCAGAGCAUCAUCGCCUACUUGCAGGAGAAAGGCUAUCCCGAAGUGGCGCUUCAUUUCGUGAAGGACUCCCGCACGCGUCUCUCAUUGGCCCUGCAGUGCGGGAACAUCGAGGUGGCUCUGGAGGCGGCCAAGAGCUUGGACGAGCCAGCCGCCUGGGACCAGCUGGCCAAAGCUGCCCUCACGACUGGGAACCACCAGAUCGUCGAGAUGUGCUACCAGCGCACGAAGAACUUCGACAAGCUCUCGUUCCUGUACCUGGUGACCGGCAAUCUGGAGAAGCUGCGCAAGAUGAUGAAGAUAGCCGAGAUAAGGAAGGACACCUCGGCCCAGUUCCAAGGGGCGCUGCUCCUCGGCGACGUCGGCGAACGGAUAAGGCUGCUGAGGAACUCGGGACAGCUGUCCCUGGCGUAUCUGACGGCGAUCAACCACAAGCAAGUGGAGGAGGCGGAGCAGCUGAAGGCCGCCUUGGAGUCCGCUGGCAUGCCGGUCCCGGAGGCGAACCCAGACGCGGUGUUCCUCCGCCCACCGCUGCCCAUACAGCGGAACCAACCCAACUGGCCCCUGCUCGCUGUCUCGAAGAGUUUCUUCGAAGUGGCCGGACAGGCGCGGGCGGCGGCCGAGGGCUCCGGCAGCGCGGUGGCGGCCGCCCUUGACGAGCCCUUGGAGGCCGCGGGCGCCUGGGGAGACGACGACGUGCUGCCCGACCAUAAGGAAGAAGGCGAAGAGGAGAUCAUGGAGGACGCCUGCGAAGAUGGCGGCUGGGACGUCGGUGAUGAAGACCUGGAGCUUCCCGAGGAGCUGGCGCCGGUGUCUGCAGACAUGGGCGCCGCGGAGGACUCGGAGCAGUACUUCGUGGCCCCCACGCGCGGCGCCUCAGCCCCCCUCGCCGCGCGCCUGCGGACGGCGCACGACCACGUGGCCACCGGACAGUUUGAGGCCGCCAUGAGAUUGUUGAACGAGCAAGUCGGAAUCGUGAACUUUGCCCCUUACGAGUCUGUGUUCGCGGAGAUGUUCGCGCACGCUCGCGUUACGUUCGGCGCGCUGCCCUCGCUGCCCGCGCUCACUGCGUACCUGCACAGGAAUUGGAAGGAAGCCACCGGGAAGGAUCUCCUGCCUGUCAUAACGUUGAAGCUAAGCGACUUGGUGAGUCAGCUGCAGCAGAGCUACCAGUUGACCACGGCGGGCCGGUUCCCCGAGGCCAUAGAGCGGCUGCAGGGCGUGGCGCAGCGCGUGCCGCUGCUGCUGGUGGACUCCAAGGCCGAGCUGUCCGAGGCCCAACAGUUAUUGGCCGUCUGCAGGGACUACCUCGUGGGACUCGCCAUGGAGACCGCCAGGAAAGCGAUGCCGAAGAACACCGUCGACGAACAGAAACGUACCUGCGAGAUGGCCGCCUACUUCACGCACUGCAAGCUCCAGCCCGUGCACCAGAUCCUCACGCUGCGGACGGCCCUCAACAUGUUCUUCAAGCUGAAGAACUACCGCACGGCCGCUUCGUUCGCGAGGCGCCUCCUAGAGCUCGGACCCCGGCCUGAGGUCGCCCAGCAAGCGCGGAAGAUCCUCCAGGCCUGCGAGAAGACCCCGACUGAUGAGCACCAGCUGCUCUACGACGAGCAUAAUCCAUUCAGCGUCUGCGGCAUCAGCUACAAGCCCAUCUACCGCGGCAAGCCGGAGGAAAAGUGCUCGCUGUGCGCGGCUAGCUUCAUGCCUGAACACAAGGGGAAGCUGUGCCCGGUGUGCGGGGUCGCCGAGAUCGGCAAGGACGCGCUCGGCCUCCGUAUCUGUCCCUUACAGUUCAACAGAUAGACUUGCACGUUAAAAUCGCGUAUCGAAUUAUGUAAGAUUAAUAAUAAUAAUAAAGUAUGUAUUGUAUGUUU